AUGGGCGACAGACUAUGGAGGCAGAAGGGGAGUCAAUGUAAAAUUUAUUAUUGAGUUUCUCUUCAAUACCCUGGCCUCAGAAACAAAUUUUCACCCAUAAAAUUUACGAAUGGUCAGACAAGGCCUUUCUAACCGGCCUUAGCCUGCGUAAUUUCUCCUUGUUUGUAGAUGGAGUGUCCACACUUGGAAGAAAGCGCAAGAAUAACCACAGCGCCCUCUGUGAAAUGUGAAAAUAAUCCAUCAGAAUUUUCUUGUUCAGUGUGCCAGACGGGGAAGAGUCCCUGGAUCUGUCUUGCUUGUGGUGAAGUCAACUGUGGCAGAUAUGUGAAUGCUCAUGCCAAGCAACACUUUGAAGAUGCCAACCCGGCUGUUCCCAAUCAUGCAGUCUGCAUGGACUGUCACAAUCAUAUGGCAUUCUGUUAUGUCUGUGAUGAGUUUGUGAUCAACGACACAGAGUCUGGACAUCUGGAGAAACUCAGGAAACACUUAGAAUCUCUUUCUAGAUUAGCCUCUCAGUCUCAAAGUGCUCAAAAUUUCCGGAAAGAAAUACGAAGGAGGGAUUCAACAGGGUCAAUAGAAAAUGUCAGGAAAAAAGCGAAAAAGGAUGACAAGUCAUCCCGACCAAGAUCCUCAGGUUUACGAAACCUAGGAAACACAUGCUUUAUGAACGCUGUUUUACAGUCACUUAGUAAUAUACAACAGUUCUGUGGAUAUAUAAAGCAGUUACCUUCUCUAGAAGACCAAGUGUGUAAGAGAAAAUACAACCAUGCGAAGAAAACCCGUGAGACUGGAGAAAACAUCCUUCUGAUUGAAGAACUGCGAAAAACGUUAUGUGCUCUCUGGCAGGGCACCAAGGCUGCCAUUUCUCCAGAAUCACUCUUCACAGUCAUCUGGAAGGUGGUUCCUCGGUUCAGAGGCUAUCAACAGCAGGAUGCCCAUGAAUUCAUGAGGUACUUGUUGGACCGCCUUCAUACGGAGCUGCUGCAACUCCUUCCGUACCCAAACAACAACAGCCCCUACAUUGGGCCCAAGGGCAAGAGCACCAUUGUCACAGCCAUCUUUGGAGGGUUGCUGCAGAAUGAGGUCAACUGUCUUAUAUGUGGGAUAGAAUCCAAAAAACAUGACCCCUUUCUAGACCUUUCCUUAGAUAUCCCAUCACAGUUUUGUUCAAAAACAACAAAACCUAAAGAAGGAGAACCCAUGUGUACAUUGUCUGAUUGCCUGUCCAGCUUCACUGAUGUAGAGGAACUAGAGGAGUCUGAACUGUACAUGUGCAGUAACUGUAAAAUGAAACAGAGGUCAACUAAGAAGUUCUGGAUCCGCAGGUUGCCAAAUGUAUUAUGUCUACAUCUGAAGAGAUUUAGGUGGAGCACGUACUGUCGAGUGAAGUUGGAGACAUAUGUUGACUUCCCUCUCCGAGGACUUGACAUGAACAAAUAUGUGUUGAACACACUGCCUAAACCGCCUGACCCUGGUAUCGAAGAAUUGCCAACUGCAAGUAACGUUAGCGAUACACAGAAUGUUUCGCAUGGCACACCUGACAGUGACAGACCAAUAAAGCAUGAAACACGAGGUAGUUGUGCUGGAAGCAACAUGUAUGACUUAGCAGCAGUCAUUGUACACCACGGGUCAGGGGCUGGGUCUGGCCAUUACACAGCUUAUGCUACACAUGAUGGGCAGUGGUAUCACUUCAAUGACAGCACAGUGACAGCAUGUGAUGAAGAAACUGUAGCUCGCUGUAAAGCCUACAUCCUGUUCUAUGUCCGACGAGAAAUCAAGCUGCCAGACUAUCUGCUGAAUGGCAGUGCCAAUAACUAGUUCCAAUGUCAGCGGGCAUGUGGCCCAUGUGGGAAGGAUGUGUUUCUGCACAGUGGAGUGCUGGAAUUACCUGAUUAACUGAACGACAAAUGACACCAAAAUUCCUAUUUAACCUGGCUCUUUGUGCUAAUAUUCACAUUAGUACCAUAUUUUCUUGAGUCUAGUGCACACUUAUUGUUAAAAAAUUCAACUGUAUAGACAGGCGGUGGGCAUAUUACACACAAGAAAUGACUUUUGAUAAUUUUUGUCCCAAUGAAUGUCGAUACUGUGAGCAUGAGACACCUGAAAUCCUUAGAGAUUUAUGCAGGUUAGUCUCUUGUUGCCCUGACUUGUUGAAAAGGUGUUCAAUUGUAUACCCAGACUUUAUUUGUAAUUCUUUUUAAUUAUUUAAUUACAAAUUUCAGCAAAAAAAAAUCAGCUUUAUAUUGGCAAAGAUGUGUGUGGACUGGAAGAUUGUUUCAACAAAUGAACCGAAAGCUGCAGAGAAUGGAUACAUAUGUCAUGAAUGCCACACUUGAAACUCAUAAAAAGUCAGUUUGUCUGAGUCUGGGCCCUUAUUCUCGAAACGUUCGUAGCCCUAAGAAUUCUUAACUUUGAUCGUAGCCAAUGUGUUAAGAAUGGGCUUAAGAAGUUUGUAGGGCUUACGAAGUUUCGAGAAUAGCUAGCCUGGUACUCAAAAUGUGGUUGUGCAUUAUGCUCAAGUGUGCACUGUAUGCAAGAAAAUAUGAUAUUGUUUAAUUAAAACCUUAAUUUACAUCUAAAUGGAAGAAAUAGUGAGGGGGAGGUGUUAUGUUAUCUAAACAUGAUAGCUAUAGUGAAGUUCUGUCUUGUUUCUAUGUAGACAUGUAAAUCCUUUUGUGCCCUCAGCCUAUAUAUUCAACUACCAAUACUGUGAUACAGAACACCUCCUCAACCACAUCCUAUAUUCAGUUAACAAGUCAGGUUUACAUUAGAUGUCUAAUUGCCAUUGAAGUUUGCUAUCUUGAGAAUAAUGUGAUCUGUGUUACGUGGUGUUGUGUCAUCAUUGUGUCUUCAAUGCUGGCGAGUAUGGAACAGACAUUGACCUUAUGUGUGAUCUAUCCUGUGGUAUUGCUGUGAUAGGUCACACUAGCUUGCUCCAUGACAGCAAAUAUAAUCUCUUCAUUCCUUGCUUUGCUAGCCAUGGCAUUCUGUGAUUGUAACAUCUCUGCAGGUACUAUCAAAAGACCAUCUUCAUGCAAAUGUUCCAUAUAUUUUCAAUGUGGUCACAAGGAAUUGAUAAUGUAUUUGGAGUAUGUCUAUCUGUCUUGGUGAAGCAAUGUUAUGUAAAGUUCAGAUCACCACCUUGUUAUUCAGGUCAAAGUUCAGAUCUCUUGAGGACCAAGUCUGUUGUAUCUGUAUUAAAAUAGUGAGUGAUUUAUCUACAGCUUCAUCUUAAGACCUCCCUGCAGUAAACCAGCCAGCACUUUCCUCCACAAAGUGAUCUUAGCAAUCAGAUUAUUGUAAGCUUUGUCAGAGUAUUGGAAUUAUGAUUUAUCUUGGCGUUAAGGUCAUGUUGUGGAAUGGGAUUGUGGUCUCCAUUCCAUGGAGCUUUCUCUAUUUAACUACUGUUGUAAACAUGGUAAGGUAAAGAGAUUUAAGCUGUUGCUAGAUUUAUACGAGCUGUUUUGGAAAGAAGAUGUCAUUUCUGUGACGGUGAUCGGAUCAAUGAAUUUACCAGAAGUAAUUACUUUGUGUUGUAUCCUUCAAGGCUGUUUACUUAAUAGACAUCUGUUUUUAUGUAAUUCUGUUGCAGUAUGUAGUGCAGUCUAUUAGUGCUAUGUUGUUUCAUGGGCGUGUUACAGUGAAGUUGUAAAUUUAUUUUUAGUCCAAUAUCGAAGUUAAUUUGAUAACCAUAAGUUUUGCCAAGAGUUUAUCACUUUAUAAGGCAUUGAUGUUGAUAGUUAAAGAGUUGAAACCAAGCUUGAAAGCUAAGUCUGUAAGUGUGUUAAGCUAGGCUCUAUUUCUGUACCCAUGGCACUGUAGCAAUACAGCAGCUAUAGUUAUAAGCACAUCAUUAAAUGGCAUUUAUUUCCUCUUUCAUUUAGUUAUCUUUAACAUUUGCUAUUUGUCUUUUCAGACAAUACUGUUGGUUUUACUGGUAGUAUGUAUAUGCUAUUUAUGAUGUUAGUUUUAACAUUGCAACAAACUGUGUCCAACUAUAUUGACUACCUCUUUUUAGUGCUUAGAAACAAAGAUCUUUAUUUUGUUUAAGAUGUAUUGACUGAUGGGGGGCUGAAAUAUACCGGGAAGAUUGUCUGCUGUGACAGUUCAAUAUUAGACUGAAUGACAGUUGCUGUACACUACUAAACCCUUAACGAUAUUUGCAUUGUCAGUUACUGAAUAUUAAUUACAAACUAAUAUAUUUGAUACUAUCAUUCUCAAGUUAAUGUUCAACUGUUACAUGUUUUAGUCUUCUUUUUUUGUUAUUUUAGUGAACUUGGUUUUUUUGGUCUACAAUGUAGGUGAUUUAGACAAUAACAAAACAAAACCCAAUCAUUUGCUGUUUUCUGAUGAUUAUAGUUCAUUCCUAAUUCUGUCGAGGUCUUCUGUCAGUUGAUGGUAAUGUGACGACAUAUCAGGUGUCCCCCAUGAGUUUCAGGGUUAAAUGAACAGGCACUGCCCAUAGUGCAGACAUUGGUAUGGGGCUGAUGGGUGUUGUAUAUAUGAAGUAGCUCCCAGGGAGAGAACGAGUCAAGACUGUAUUGGAGAAGUAUGAUUGCUUUAUGUGUAUGUGUCUAAUUGUGUCUGAAUGGAAGGCGGCAACACCUCAGUCAUCAACAAACUGGAUGCUAUACAAUAGCUUACAGGUACUCCGUGUAAUUCUAAGACAUUCUGGAUGCUAUUCAAAAGUUUGGAAUAGCCAGUUUUGUGCAUCUAGUAGCCCUUUGACAGACUGUUUUAACAGUGGAGGUGGAGAAACAACCCUACAUCUGUUAGCUUAUCUCGGCCUGCCCCAUAGCUAUGAUUAGCUACCAGCGGUUUUGGGUAGUGGGGAGCAUUUCAGGGCUAUUGCAUCCACAGCUACAGCAACACUGUGUCUGUCCCUCUUUCCCUGUAUUAUGUGUAGUUGUAUCAUAACAUCUGUCUGAGGAAAUGGGUUACAUCCUGUAUUUGAUGCAGUAAACAUUCUGAGGCUUCAAUGUGAAGGAACAAUCGUUCCUAGUUACAGGUUUCAAUAAUGAAUUGAAACAUUAUUUGUAAUUAUUUGGUGAAUGUAAAACCUGCAACAUCAGGGUCUAGGUCUGAAAAUAAAUGUUGCCUUACAGUACUCACUUGUUUGAAAGUUUCGAUGUGGACAAGCUUAAAUUGAUAGACUGAUUUUAGUGAAAGAUUGCUUUGGAGCGGUUAUUAUUGAAAAUACAUCAUCAGGGACAUUUGUAAACAACUUCGAAGUAUUAUUGUCUACUAUGAAAUAAAUAAUAUUUUGUUUCGUUACGUUUUGCAGAGGUGUAGUGACAGAGCCAAUAUUUGCUGCAUACAUGUUGAAUAAAUGGUGUGUGAUAGGAUGUGUCAUAUUCACCAGUGUAUCAUAUAAUCCCACCAUCAUCAGCUGAUGUUUGCAGUUGUCAGGAUAGCUAGUGAUGCAGCUGACAAGUGUACAUUUCAUUGACAUUGACACCAUAGCAUUUCCACACCUCAUCGUGUACCUUUAGAUCAACAGCAUGAAGAGUUUAUCUAGGCAAUCCAGAAGUCCUACUAGAAAAUGGGGAAAAGUUUUGAAAUCAAUGUUUGAUGUUCACUCAUCUGUGGUGAUUUAGCAGUUUGGUUAUGCUAUGCAAAAUUCCUGCAGUUUUGGGGGAAGAUUGAUAAAAGUAUAGUACUGGUUUGAGUGAAAUGGUUUAUUUUUGUGAAUUUAUUUGGAAUCAACUGAACCAGCAGAUUAUUUUGAAGCAGGGAAUGUUUGGUUGAUGAGGCGUGGCAGUGGCUAGACAAGGGAUGUUGAUGUGGGUGCUUGGAUCAUCAGUAGCUUGACUGAAUGUAUGUUGUGAGGGAGGGGUGGGCUAGCUAUCGUCCCCUCCCACACCUGUCUGUCUGUAUAUAGCCUUCUCCCAGCUGUAUUUGACCAAGUUUUGUGUGGAUUGGUUGGCUACCUCAUCGAUUGGGAUAGCUUUACCAUCUGUCUGUAUGCCCGGGCUGGGCUCGGUACUGGAGUGCAUGUUGAUCAUAUGAAUAAAGGUGAUGAAUCAA